AUACUAUUCAAAUUAUUAAUGCUAAUGAACUUGCAAAUGACAAUGAAAUACUGCUAGAUGGACUAUUUGAUAAUUUUGAUCAAUUUAUAAAUAAAAUACGUGAAAACUUAGAUACAGACUCACCAAUCCCUAAAAAGCUUUUAUCAUCAGAGGCUAUUCCAUUGAUUCGUGAAGAAGGAUUGCAUCGAGGAAAACCACUAGAAGGCUCAGAGUAUCUUUUUCCACUAAAUACGGAUUUUGAAGGUUGGAUCAAAGAUUUUGAAACUGUAACGGUAUCAAAAUAUAUAAAACAUCAGGAAAAUCAAUCAGUAAAUGGAACUUGUACUUACUAUAGAUGUCACCAUGGAGGAACAUAUAAAAGUGUAGCUGGAAAUAAUCUAA